CUACCUUGCAGGUUUUACUAGUGCAAAUUUACCUAAUAUAGGCAAAAUCUUAGACUGGUUUGGGGAUUUUUAUUGCUUCCUUCUUUCAUCCUCUAGAGAUUUUUUUUUAUCACAGAUUGGUUGAAAUGUUGAUUUCAACAGAAUCUCUGUCAUCUAUGAAGUUAGGUGCCCAAUCUGUAGAAUUCAUUUCAGUGUUUGUAUACUCAUUAGAAUAUCUUUUAGUGAGGUUGCUGAGAUACAUAGUAAUUUGCAGUAGCCAUAUGAGACUUAAGUUGCUAUUUGAAACUUUACUGUUGCUGUACACGUCAGGUUUAAUUAGAAGUCUGUAUAUGUGUGGUUUUUAUACUUGCAUCGUAUACCACUUUUGUAGUCACAUACAAUCAUUUCUGUCUCAAAUGAAGUACACUCGUGUCUUUUUUUAUUUAAUAUAAUGCCAUAUGUUCUUUUUAUGCCACUUACGAUUCUGUAAUGCUUUGUCUGGCCCAAUUAUUUGUCUUUUUUCUAAAAUAAAUAUUUGUAGUAUUUUUUGGUCUCCUUUCAUAGGAAGGCUUCUGAGGCCUUAGAUCUUGUCGUCUUUAUUUGACCAUAUUCUAUUUCCGCUCUCUCCUUUUUGAGGUAUUGUGAUCAGAACUGAGUGUGAUAUUCCAGCUGAGAGUAUGCUGGUGAUACCGCUGUUGAUAUUGUGGAGUGCUUCUGUGGCUUCUACUCUGUUCUCUGUAAUUUCUGUCAUUUUUUAAUAAUUAUUUUUAUGGCCAGUGCAAGCUGAGCCAUUUUCACUGAGGUGUCUUUUUCUUAAACCAGUAUGUUUUUCGUAAACCGGUGACUGAACACACACUGACAAGACUUACCUUGAUUUCACUUACUGCUAACUGUGAGUUUUAAACAUUCACACAAGUCAUCUUGGAGUUCCUGACACUCUCCAAGUAUUAGCCAAACUACAAAAAGUGUUCUUAUUUUGAAAAAAAUGUGCAGCUCUUCUCUAGACUUCUUAUAGAUCAUGGAACCAGGAGAUAGUGUGUCCUUUCCAACAUGGUCAAAAAAUUUUGAAGAUGAUGAUGUGUAUGGCCAAUCAGUGGAAGAUGAUUAUUGCAUUUCUCCUUCAACAGCAGCUCAGUUUAUCUACUCCAGACGAGACAAACCAGCAUUUGCUGAGCCAUUGCAAGAAGAAUAUGGCUAUGAAGGUACAGAUGAUACCGCUGAUUAUUUUCCAUCCAAUCAUCAGUUGACUGAAGUUGAUAGAGCCCGUCUUAAUUCAUGCCUUGAUCAAAUGAGAGAAGUUUUGGCAGAGUCUGUACCAGAGCAAACAAUGGUGCAAGCAGUACUGGAUAGUAAAUUUGAUGUACAGAAGGCUUUGGAUCUUGUACUUUCACAAGGCAGUAAGCAAAAUGUGAAGACCAAGAAUGAGGAUGCUGUGAUUAUAGGAAAGACGAUGAAAGGAAAAACAAGGGAUUCCCAGUCAGCCAGAAUGGAAUCUGAAAUUGUGCCAAAAGUUACCAAAAUGACAGUGUCUGGAAAGAAACAAUCUAUGGGAUUUGAAGUUCCAUGUGUGAUUGCUGAAGAAAAUGGCCAUGCUAACACACCUCUGAAAGGACUCUUAACUGAAGAUGCCAGUGUAGCUCCUGGGGUGCUUGAGGCAGUCUCCAAAUCUACUCUUCCACCCCAAGUAGUGCAGGUUUUGGAAGAACAGAAUACGGUGCCUCCUCCAGUAAAAAAGUCAAGCAAGACAAAACCACAAAUAGAUGUGAAAGCAGAGUUGGAGAAGAGACAAGGAGGAAAGCAGCUGCUUAAUUUGGUGGUAAUAGGACAUGUUGAUGCAGGUAAAAGUACUUUAAUGGGUCAUCUGCUUUAUCUUUUGGGAAAUGUGAACAAAAGAACUAUGCACAAAUACGAACAGGAAUCUAAGAAGGCUGGCAAAGCUUCAUUUGCAUAUGCAUGGGUCUUGGAUGAAACUGGUGAAGAAAGAGAAAGGGGAGUGACAAUGGAUGUGGGUAUGACCAAAUUCGAGACAAAGACUAAAGUAAUUACGCUGAUGGAUGCUCCAGGCCACAAAGACUUCAUUCCAAAUAUGAUCACAGGAGCUGCACAGGCUGAUGUGGCUAUUUUGGUUGUGGACGCUAGCAGAGGAGAGUUUGAAGCAGGAUUUGAGACGGGUGGACAAACUCGAGAGCAUGGAUUAUUAGUGCGCUCUCUUGGAGUGACACAGCUAGCUGUUGCAGUCAAUAAAAUGGACCAGGUCAAUUGGCAACAGGAAAGAUUUCAGGAAAUUACGAGUAAGCUUGGCCAAUUUCUUAAACAAGCUGGCUUUAAGGAAUCAGAUGUGGCUUAUAUCCCAACGAGUGGCCUUGGUGGUGAAAAUCUGGUCACAAGGGGUCAAUCAAGUGACCUCACACAGUGGUAUAAAGGAAAGUGUUUGUUAGAGCAAAUUGAUUCUUUCAAGCCACCACAGAGAUCAGUGGAUAAACCAUUUAGGUUGUGUGUUGCUGAUGUUUUUAAAGACCAAGGAUCAGGAUUUUGUGUGACUGGUAAAAUAGAAGCAGGCUAUAUUCAAGCUGGAGACCGACUUCUGGCAAUGCCUCCCAAUGAAACUUGCACUGCAAAAGGAAUCACACUGCAUGAUGAACCAGUUGAUUGGGCUGCAGCAGGAGAUCAAGUUAGUCUCACUUUGACCGGCAUGGAUAUCAUCAAAAUCAAUGUUGGCUGUGUAUUUUGUGAUCCUAAGGAACCCAUUAAAGCUUGCACUCGUUUCAGAGCUCGGAUUCUCAUCUUCAAUAUUGAGGUUCCAAUCACUAAAGGAUUUCCAGUGCUUUUACACUAUCAAACCGUAAGUGAACCUGCUACUAUUAGAAGGCUGUUGAGUGUCCUGCACAAAAGCACUGGUGAAGUGACACAGAAAAAGCCUAAGUUCUUGACUAAAGGACAGAAUGCUCUAAUAGAACUACAAACUCAAAGACCUGUUGCUCUAGAGUUGUAUAAAGACUUUAAAGAGCUCGGGAGGUUUAUGUUGCGCUACAGUGGUUCCACUAUUGCUGCAGGAGUUGUCACAGAGAUUAAGGAAUGACAGUGCCAGAACUUCCACCGUCCAAGCAAAAUGCAAUCAGAUAUCCAAACUUCUGUUUAAGAAUCCAAUUACUUCAGUUGAAGGAACAAGUGCAAUUAAUUGGGGAGAUGUUGAUGAUGACAAAAGUUAAAUCGUGUGAGACGUCUGGGGAGCCCUUCAUCAGUCUCUCCCACUGCAGAACAAGAUGCCAACUGACAAGGAACUGCUGAUGUUGCACUUCGCGAUCUCAAGAAUCUCAUGUGUUUCUCCAUGUGGAAUUUAGCCCUUAGAGAGCUUGACGGAAAAAUCUUAGAAAGUUGAAUUAGAGAAAAAGAUGAUGAAUCAUCAUGAGACAAACUCCUUACUUCCAGACAUAAAUUGUUUACAUAUUUUCUUUGAUUUGCUUUUUUGCUGCACAUUAAUUCCGUAAAGUAACUUUAUUGGUCUAAUAUAUUUUUAGGUUUGAGUUGAAUGCAUAUUCAGGGAAAAAAAAGAACCUAUUUACUUUGGUUUCAAGAGAAUGGCAUGUAGUAUUAUCCUGGGAUUAUUUUCCCUGUCCCAAAAUUUAUUUAAAAAAAAGUUGUUUUCUUUUGCUGUGUAGUAGAAGCUGUGCCAACGUUGGCUAAUUUUAUUUUUUAAACUGUAAGGAUAAUAAAAUA